UCACAAGUACUAAUCCUAUAACUGUUGCUUUAGCUUCCACCCUUUUUAAAAUUACAAUCAAAGUAGCUUUUCUUCAUCAACCAAUAUAUAAAACCAUAACCCUUAUUGUUCCUUUGAUGAACCUUGGUUUUAUUUGUGUUUAGGGAGAUGGGUUCUUUAGAUAGAUCAAAAAAAAGAGUUCAGCUAUGGAAGAAAGCUGCUUUCCAUUUCAUUUUGUGUUUCAUUAUGGGAUUCUUCACUGGUUUCACCCCUACCAGUAAAGCUUCAAUCUUCUCUGGUUUUGUUAUUGCCUCCAAUGGAUCCAUCAAGUAUCAAGAAAUUUCCCCACAGCCAAUGGAAAUGAUACAACCUGCAACUACUACAACUACUCAAGAGGAGACCUUGAAUAGGAGUUUAAUGGCUGAAACUCCCGUGGCAGUUCCUGUUCCAAUUAGUUCAUCUUCUCCAGUUGAAGCUUCAGAAGAUUUAGAAUUGAUUCCUAGAAAGGUUUUGAUUAUUGUUACACCCACAAGAUCAAAUGAUAGGCUUCAAAGUGCUUUACUGAGAAGAAUGAGUACCACAUUAAAAUUGGUUCCUCCACCUCUUCUUUGGAUUGUUGUAGAGUCUCAAUCAGAUUCUUCUAAGGUACCAGAGAUAUUGAGGAAAACAGGAGUCAUGUAUAGGCAUUUGGUUUCAAGGCAAACUUUUACAGACCCAGAAGCUGAAAUGGAUCAUCAGAGAAAUGUUGCACUUAAUCAUAUAGAACAGCAUCGACUUGGCGGGAUCGUCCAUUUCGCGGCGCUUUCUAACUUCUAUGAUCUUGAUUUCUUUGAAGAAAUCAGAGAAAUUGAGGUUUUUGGUGCAUGGCCUAUAGCUUUGGUAUCUGCAAACAGGAACAGAGUUGUGAUAGAAGGACCUGUUUGUGAUUCUUCACUAGUUAUAGGAUGGAAUGCAAGAGGAACAAAUGACAAGGCCAAUCCUGUGGCUCCAAUUCACACUUCAAGUUUUGCUUUCAACAGUUCCAUUCUCUGGGAUCCUGAGAGAUGGGGUCGCCCAUCUGUUCAAGACAGCUCACAGAACCCCAUGAAAUUUGUACAGCAAGUGGUUCUGGAAGAUGAGACCAAGUUAAAGGGAAUCCCAGAAGGGGACUGUUCUAAAAUUAUGCUUUGGAAUAUUCACAUACCAAGGCAAAUUAUAUCUCACCUCCCAAGUCAACCCUCUCCAUCAAAUGGAAGAUAGUAGAGAAAGUACAAUUAAUUUGGUGUUUUGAAAAUUUUUUAUUAUAACAAAUAUUUUCUUCUAUUUUUAUUUUGUAGAUUUACUUUUUAAAUUUUUUAAAUUGUACUUUUUUUCUUUAUACUUUGUAAUUUUGUAAAGCAAAGAAAAAAUGACAUGGGUUGAGGAUAUUUUUUCUUCACCGCAUUGGUGAUAUUUAAA